UUAAACCUGAAAAAAUAAACAGAUCUAUAACAACAUUACUUCUUUAUUGAACCUUAUAUUCUCUAGCUCACAGAAAAAUGAGGUUAAGAAGGUUAUCGUUUCCAUUCAAAAGGUGAAGGAAUAUAGUUUCAACUACUAAAGAUUAAGUAGCCAAAGAGGCAACUUACCAUUGGGGUCGCUGUUGGGACAAUUGACUAUGGACGUACAGUUGAGGGUAGCACCGGGCCGGUGCACAAAUUCUAAUCUUUGACAUGGUUGUCCUUAUUCUUAUAGAGUACGUAAGUGGUUUCCUUAUUAUAGCUAGUUUAAUUUACGACUCUAUAUAAAUGAGAGUACAACAUCUUUUAAUUACUAGUAACAUUUGCUAUUAGACAUAGAUGAGAAAGAUAGAGAUGGGGAGAUUAUUGUCACUUAUUUCUUUGUUUCUUUUCUAUGUUGCCUUGGCAGUUGAGGUGGUUUCUUUUUCCCUUGGCCGUCCACUUUGCUCUUCUGAUGAUACCCUUGCACUUUUACAGUUUAAGCAAUCACUUGCGAUGACAUCGUCGGACUAUCCACUUUGCCAAUCUUCUUAUCCUAAGACGACGUCUUGGAAUAGGAGUAGUAUGGAUUGUUGUAGGUGGAAUGGAGUUACCUGUGAUAGUUUCACUGGUCAUGUCAUUGGUUUGGACUUGAGUUGCAGCGAAAUUGAAGGAACUAUUCAUCCUAAUAGUAGCCUUUUCCAUCUUCAUCAUCUUCAAACCCUUGAUCUUUCCUUUAACAACUUUUCAGGUUCUCAAAUUCCGACCACCAUUGGUCAGUUGGUCAGUUUGGUGCAUCUCAACCUCUCUCAUUGCUUUCUCCAAGGAAAGAUUCCGUUUGAAAUCUCACACCUCUCCAAAUUGAUUUCGCUUGAUCUCUCUGAUGAUGCUCCAAAUCUUCUCCAACUUAAUCAAUUUGGAUUCAGGAUGCUCUUUCAAAACUUGACCAAGUUAGAGGUACUUUCUCUUUCAAAUGUAGACAUUUCAUCCAAGAUAUCAUCAUCCAUUAAUAAUGUAUCCUCUUCUUUGAGAUAUCUAGAUCUUGAAGAAACUAAAUUGUAUGGAGACUUGCCACAAACCAUUUUCCUUCUAUCCAAUUUGGAAACUCUCAGAUUGUCAGGAAAUGAUCUCACUGUUUCUUUCCCUAAGUCGAACUGGACCAGUAGCCAUACGCUAACUGAGAUAGAUCUCUCUUACAACAAUGUUUCCGGAGGAGUACUACCUGCCGCUUCACUUGGAAGUUUCAAAGCCUUAAAAAUUGUGAAACUUUCUCAGUGCAAUCUCGUUGGAUCUAUUCCAGAAUCCAUCAGCAACCUUUCACAGGUCACUGAAUUAGAUCUUUCAUACAACCAUUUGGAAAGCAAAAUUCCUGAUGUUGUUUCCAACUUGCAAAAGCUUGAAUUCUUGAGUUUGAGUGACAAUUCACUCAGUGGUCCACUUCCUUUGACUACUAACGGCGGGGGGCUUCAAAAUCUAAAAGAUGUAGAUUUGUCUCGAAACUCACUCAACUGCUCAAUCCCAUCUUGGAUGAUUAGUCUUCCUUCAUUGAUUCAUUUAACGUUGGAGAGCAAUCAUUUCAGCGGACUACUUCCCGAGUUUAAGCCCAACUCCUCUCUACGCGUGCUUGAUUUGUUUCAAAAUCAACUCGUUGGUCCCAUACCUCAAUCACUUAGACAUCUUGUGAACCUAUCUGUUCUCGCUUUUGGAUCAAAUAAUUUGAGUGGGGAGGUCGGAGCAGAUAUGCUAUCAAGCAUGACUAAGCUCCACUACCUUGAACUUUCAUCAAAUAGUUUUUCCGGUGAAAUUGGAGCAGAAACAUUUUCAGGCAUGACAAACCUCCGAUAUCUUGAUCUUUCUCAUAGUGGUUUAUCUUGGAGUAGUAGCAAUAAGGACAACACGACCAACGUCAUCAGUACUACUACUUAUCAUCUUUUUCAUUUAAGCUUAGCCUUUUGUCGUGUGAAAGAUUUCCCAGAUUUCCUAUUGAACUCUGAGGAAUUGGUGAUCUUGGAUCUAUCAGGUAAUGCAAUCCACGGCGAGUUCCCUAAAUGGUUUGAGGGUUUGAAUUCAUUGCAAGUCCUUAACCUCACUCGCAACCACCUUACAAGCUUAAACCAUCUACUUUGGCAGACAAUGACGGUUGUUGAUCUUCAAUCAAACUCACUCAAAGGACCUUUGCCGUCCUCAUUUUGUCAACCAAAUAACCUAGAUCUUUUGAACUUGUCUUAUAAUAAUUUAAGUGGUGAAAUUCCCAUUUGUUUCUUUAUUUCUAAAACUCUCUCAGUCCUAGAAUUACGAGGAAACAACUUUCACGGUCCGAUUCCAAACAUAUUCUCAAGGGGUAACGGGUUACAUCAUAUUGGUUUGAGUAAAAAUCAAUUGGAAGGUCCGAUACCAAGAUCAUUGGUCAAUUGUACAUACUUACAAGUCCUUGAUUUGGGAAACAACAAAAUCCAUUCUACAUUUCCCACCUGGCUAGAGAUGCUGAAUGAGUUAGAGAUUCUAGUAUUAAAAUCUAAUAGAUUUUAUGGACAUGUCGUUGCUUUCCAAACAAAAUCACCAUUUCCAAAUUUGAGGAUAUUUGACCUCUCCGACAAUUCGUUUACUGGCUCUUUGCCUGGAGAGGGUUUCAAAGCAAUGAUGAAGAUGGAUGAACACAAAUCAAAACUGGAAUAUAUGGAGGAAAAGGACAGUUAUUUUGGAAAUUAUACAGACAAAUAUGAGGAAUCAGUGACUUUAGUGAUGAAAAAUCAGGAGAUUCAAUUGAACAGGAUCUUGAAGAUUUUCAAAACAAUCGAUUUAUCAAGGAACAAUUUUGUAGGAGAAAUCCCAAAGUUUAUAGGGAAUUUAAAUUCACUUGUGCUGCUGAAUUUAUCUCAUAACUACCUCACUGGACGUAUUCCUGUUGAAAUGAAGAACAUGAGCACGCUUGAAGCCUUGGACCUUUCAUUUAAUCAGCUCACUGGGAAAAUUCCUGAGGAAUUGACAAUUCUAACAUUUCUCGCGGUUUUAAAUCUGUCACACAACCAACUUGUUGGACCUAUUCCUCAUAGCAAUCAGUUCAAUACGUUUCCAAAUGAUUCAUAUUUUGGAAAUGCUGAUUUAUGUGGAUUUCCAUUGUCAAAUGAAUGCGGGCAUCAUAAAACUGCAUCCGAACCAGGCUUGUUGGUUGAACAAAAAGAUGAUGAACCGAGUUUUCUUAGUGAAAUGACUUGGAGAUCUGUCUUAAUUGGAUAUGGCUGUGGCUUGGUUUUUGGAUUUAUCAUUGGCUAUUUCAUAUACCGAUUUCAAUGGCCAAGAUGGUUCAUACACUUUUAUGCAACUCUCACUCAUGAAUUGACAUACAGAGCACAGAGGGGAGGUCGAAGACGACGCAGGAACUUUCGCCGAAGAAGACACUGAGAUGGCAAUCAGAAAGUAUCAAGCAAGAGAGAUCGGAAGGCCAUUAGAGUUUAGGCUUGGGAAAAUAGUGGUUUAUAAUUUUGCAAUAUAUGUGCAAAGAACAAAGGAAAGCAGGUCAGUGUAAUAUUGUUAGUGUUUGUUAAGAGUACUUAUUUAACUUUCCUCUCGCAAGACAUGUAUUUUGUAAUUAACUUAUUAUUGUCCAGCUUGA